AUGUCUCUAACCACCGGCCUCCCGCCCAACUGGACCAUUAAAGUGUCCAAGACUCACGACAAAGAAUACUUUCUCAAUCAAGCCACCAAAGAAUCAUCUUGGGAUCCACCAUACGGGACUGACACUGAUGCAUUAAAGGAUUAUUUGAGAAAGUUCAAAGAGAAUGGUCGUAAACCAGUCAUCAACAAAGACGGUAAAAUUAGAGCCAGCCAUAUUUUGACAAAACACAAAAAUUCAAGAAAUCCCAAGUCGUGGAGAAAUCCCGAGAUAACCAUUACAAGAGAAGAGGCUAUACAAAUCUCAAGAGAACAUCUUUCAAAACUUUUAAAAGGCGAGGCCACAUUUAAUGAGCUAGCUGAAACUGACAGUGAUUGUAGCUCUCAUGGUAGAGCUGGAGACUUGGGGUUUUUUGGUAAAAAGGAAAUGCAACCAGCUUUUGAAUCAGCAGCAUUCAAUUUACACGUUGGAGAACUAAGCGAUUUAGUUGAAACUGACAGUGGCAUACAUAUAAUCCAUAGAACUGGGUAG